AAGUGAUCAGAGUAUCACGGGCAGAGAUGCCUUUCUGAAGUUUGACACGGAGGAGAGACAAACAGUAAAAUUCGGCGGCAGCUCAAGCCCCAGGUCUAAUAACGGUGGCCGCAGUGUGGAGAGUUUAUUUCCCAUCCCGUUAACUCUGAUGCUGCUUAGAGAUAGAUGAGAUCCACUGCACAGUUCUCAACUAGUAACCUGUUACCUGAGAGCCCCAGGGCUCUAAGUGAGAAUAUGGCCAAUGGCAUUGAAGACCUUAUAGGGAUCCCAUUCCCAAACCACAGCAGCGAAGUCCUUUGCGGCUUAAACGAACAGCGGCACAACGGCCUACUCUGCGAUGUCAUCCUCAUUGUCCAGGACCAAGAAUACAGGACCCACAAAUCUGUCCUGGCUGCCUGCAGCCAAUAUUUUAAGAAACUCUUCACUACCGGCACUUUAGCAGACCAGCCCUAUGUUUACGAGAUUGACUUUGUUAAGCCUGAAGCACUUUCGGCAAUCCUCGAGUUUGCCUAUACCUCGACUCUCACCAUCACCACCUCGAACCUCAAGCACAUCCUCAACGCGGCCAGGAUGCUGGAGAUCCAGUGUGUCAUCAACGUCUGCCUAGAAAUCAUGGAGCCCAGUUUGGAGGAGGGAGACGAGAGGGAGGAGGAGGAGGAGGAAGAGGAGGACGAGGAAGAAGAGGAGGACGAGGAAGAAGAGGACGUGGGAGACUUCGCAAACCAGAACCUAACGGACGUCCAAGACGUCGGCUGCCACCAAAGCCCUUCCAAAUCUGACCUCGCAGAGGAAGCUUACUCAGAGAGACCAAGCGGGUUCUCCAACCAUUUUCAGGCCAACAGCUCCAAUGGUUCCUUGGGCGUGAUAAGAGACUUCUCCAUUGAGUCCCUCCUAAGAGAGAACUUGUACCCUAAAUCUAGCAUCCCAGAACGGAGGCCAGCUCUGUCUCCUUUUGUCCCUGACCUCUUCCCGCACUUGUGGAACGGAGACUUUGGCGCCUUUUCCCAGGUGGAGCAGCAGCAGGUGGACAAUGGCCCCUUGGAUCUGGUCAUCCGGAAGAGAAAGAUCAAGGAGGAGGAGAAGGAGGAGCCCUCUCCCACCUCGUUCCCCAACGACCUCUUCAAGGACAUGUUUGCCAACAACCCGGUGGCCCAUUUGGGGCACAUCAAGGCGGAGAAUGAUUACGGAGCCUACCUGAACUUCCUCAGCGCAGCCCACUUUGGGGGAGUCUUUCCUCGGUGGCCGGAAGAGAGGAAGAUCAAGCCCAAGGCUUCCCAGCAGUGCCCCAUCUGCAACAAAAUAAUAAUGGGAGCCGGGAAGCUGCCGCGGCACAUGAGGACCCACACGGGGGAAAAGCCAUAUAUGUGCAAUAUCUGUGAAGUCCGAUUUACCAGGCAAGACAAGCUGAAGAUCCACAUGAGGAAGCACACGGGAGAAAGGCCCUACCUCUGCAUCCACUGCAACGCCAAAUUCGUCCACAACUACGACCUGAAGAACCACAUGCGUAUCCACACGGGAAUCCGCCCUUACCAGUGCAAGUUCUGCUACAAGAGCUUUACCCGCUCGGACCACCUGCACCGCCACAUCAAGCGACAGAGCUGCCGGAUCUCCAGGCCCAGGAGGGGGCGCAAGCCGGCCACCUGGAGAGCGGCCAGCUUGUUGUUUGCGCAGAACGGCCAGCCGGACGACAAGAGCUUCCUGGUGCCUCCGGCCCUCGAGGAGAUGAGCAGCCACCUUGGCAGCGCGGCGAUGUGCCUUCCGGGCCCCAGCCCUAAGCAUUUUAUGGACGGGGCCAAGAACGCUCUGAAUUUGCAAGAGCUGGAGAGCCAGUUUGAGGAAACCCAAAUGAAGCUGUUUGGGAGGACACACCUGGACGUGGAGAGGAACGGAGGCCUCUUUGCCUUCGCGCUGGGCCACAAUGAGAGCCUCUCGGCCCGGCCGUAUUUCUCCCUUCCCGACCCCUGGGGGACGGGGUUCAAUGGACUGGCGGGACUCAACCACCUUGCUCCCAUUUCCGAAGCGAGCAACUAAGUGCCACCUUCUAUCCAAUGGAUGGCUUUGGCCCCCUUCCGCACUGCUUGGCUCCCUCUGGUGAAGGGACCUUUCAAGGAUCAAAGACUUUUUUUUCUUACUGGAAGACUGUUGGAAAUUAAAUCACCCCCCCCCCCCAAAAAAACACAACUGCCUGCAUUUGUUUAAAACCCACCAAAAGACUUCUCUUAUUUGCACCAGUGUGGGGAAGGAGAACAGAACCUUUUGAGAACCGCGUCAGACUAAUUUUUUUUGUUUUUAAAUGUACAGACAUCUCUCUGAGCUACUGUUUUGCAGAUUAUGGCUUCCUUCAGGUUUUGAGGGGUUAUUUGAG